AUGCUAAUUUCCCCGAAGGCAAAACGUAAAAAAUCUAAUAAAGAAGUGCCUUUUCCACCACUAUCAGAUGUGACUCAGAAUUACAAUUGCAAUGACCCUAAAUUCAUUAUCAUUAAAUCCACCGACGUGUCCAACUCUUUAUCAAAAUACAGCGUUUUUGCUAAAAAGACGGCCAUUGAUGGCAUUAGCACCGAAUACCUAUCAGUGAGUAUUCUACGCGAUGACAGCCUGCUGCUUCUAACAAAAUCUCAUAAAGUUGCUGAGAAAUUUAUUAAAUGCAAGAACUUUGGCGGCCUAUGUCCCGUCUCUGUGACCUUUCACGACUCCCUUAACACUUGUAAAGGUACAAUUUUCGACAAGAAUUUGGCACAUACGGAUGAAAAAGAAAUUCUGGAGGCUGUGAAAUCGCAAGGAGUUGUGGGUUUGUACAAAUUCACUAAAACCAUUAAUAAUGUAAAAGUUCCUACAGGCAGAAUAGUUCUAUCGUUCAACCUAUACAGAAUUCCCCACACCAUUGACAUAGCAUGGUAUUCAGUGAGAGUUGAGGAAUACUUUCCUACUCCCAUGAGAUGCCGCUCAUGCCAACUGCUAGGUCACACCAUAAAAAGAUGCAAUAACAAUACUACUUGUGAAACUUGUAACUUUCCACCUCUUAGCACACUACCAUGUCAACGCACAAUGUGCGCUAACUGCUUUGGGCCCCAUCCCGCAUCCGCCAGAGACUGCCCAAAGUACUUACAAGAGAAAGAGGUAUUAAAAAUAAAAACUCAGAACAAAUGCAACUAUGCUGAAGCAAGACGUCUAUACAAACUACAUAACCCUAUCAACCUAAACCAAAAGCAAACUUACUCAUCAGUUCUAAACUCAACACAAGCUUCUCACCACAAUCUCAUGAGCAACCCCAGCGAUCACACCUCUUCAAGUGGCAGCGCUGCAGCCUCCACUCAGCCACUCAACUCCAGUAAUCAAUCUCAUCCACACUCCACGGACACGGCUUUUUCUAGUUCUCACUCAAUCUCACAACUCUCAUUGGAUCACACUCACACUCCUUCAAUAGCUAUCACUUCAUCGACAACUCAAUCUCUCUCAGCUAACUCAAACGAUCAAAACAAUAUGCACUCAACAGAAAACACCUAUUCUGUCUCUCACAUGCAUUCUCCAACCACACCAACUGACAAUACCAUGGACUGUAAUCAAAACAAUUGCAAUGAUGGAAAUUAUACUUCCACAUCGCACUCUCCACACUUUUCUACCCACCACUCUAACCCUCUUACUACUUCCUACAAUUCCUACAACAACACAAAUAUUGAAUCCACAACCCAACCAAACACAAGCCUCCAGUCUCUACUAACCACAAUAUCCGAAAUGCACAAUAAAAACAUAGACUGUGAGCUUCAAGAACCCGAACUAUAG